AUGGCGUACACAGGAACCUUGAAGAAGUUCAUGGAUGGAAAGGGCUUCGGCUUCAUCGAGAACUCUGAUGGUUCUGGCGAUGUUUUUGUGCACUUCUCACAGCUGACCAAUGGUGGCUCCGACGACAUGAUUGUCGGGACAGAGAUGACCUUCGACAUCGAGGAAGAUGCGCGAAGCGGCAAAACCAAGGCCACCAACGUGACUCUGAUGGGCGGCGGCAGUGGUGGCGGUGGUGGCGGUGGUGGCUAUGACUCCGGAUACUCCAGCAAGGGCAAGGGCAAGGGCAAGGGCAAGCGCUAUGACCCGUACUGA